GAAAGUCAAUUAAAGAAGCUCCAGGGCUCUUUAACAUUUCUUAGAGCUUCGUUUGUAACUUCUUUCAACCUUCGCGACAACACAUUUCCAUAUACAUCCUUCGCACGAUGACUAGUAUAGAUGAACUCUUCAAGGCAUCCGGCGUUGGCAACAAGCGAAAGUUAGAACCUCUUCGAGAUCCUAAUGAGAUAUACAAAUCGGCACGCACCAAUUCUAAUGGCCACAGCAGUCGACACGCGCGCGUCGAAGACGAGGCUGCCGGCGAUAAUGACGAUGACGUAGAAGCAGGCCCUGCACCUCCACCGGACGACGAAAAUGGCGACUACGGCCCCGACCUCCCACCCGAUGACGAUGAAGAGGGGAGAUUCUACGGUGGUGGCAUAACAGCUCAGGAGAAUGAAGUACUAGAUUACGUAGACGAUCCCGAUCCUGGCGCGGACGCGGCACCCGACAAAUUCGAUAGCGCCUGGUUGCGCCGAAUUGCCCUUAACUUCGAGAAGCGCAUAAAUAAGAAUGCCGAGUUACGCGCCAAGUUUGAGGAUGAACCACAGAAAUUCAUCGCCAGCGAGGCUGAUCUCGACACCGACAUCAAAGCUUUGUCUAUCCUAUCCGAACACCCAGAAUUAUACCUAGAGUUUGCAAAGUUAGGGAGUGUCGCGAGCUUGGUGGGUCUACUAGCACACGAAAACACAGAUAUCGCGAUUGAUGCUGUCGAAAUUAUAAACGAAUUAACGGACGAAGAUGUGUCAGCCGACGACGACCAGUGGAAUGCCCUCGUUGACGCCCUGUUAGAAGCCGAUCUACUGGGCCUCCUCGUGUCGAAUUUUGAGAGGCUAGAUGAGACACAAGAGGUUGAUCGAAGCGGCGUUUACUACGCCCUAAGCGUAAUAGAGAACCUAUGCAGCGGGAGGACGACAACAGCGGAGCAAGUCGCAGAAAAUGAGAAGUUGCUGAAUUUGUUGCUACGGCGAAUACAAGCUAAGGAGACAACCGUAAGCCAGAAUAAACAAUACGCCGCUGAGAUCCUCGCGAUAUUGGUACAAACAUCACCCAAGAACCGAAGGAAACUGGCUAGCCUGAACGCCGCGGAUAUCAUGUUACAGCUAGUCGCGUCGUACCGAAAACGCGAUCCUGAAAAGGGAGGCGAGGAAGAAGAAUACAUGGAGAAUUUAUUCGAGGCUCUGACCUGCCUUGCGGACGAACCCGAAGGCAAGACUAAGUUCGUGGAGGCCGAAGGUGUCGAGCUAUGCCUAAUAAUGUUGAAGGAGGGCAAGAUGAGCAAGGGUGCGGCGUUACGACUCCUAGAUCACGCCGUGGGAGGCACAGCGGGGGCAGAGGUAUGCCAGAAAGUAGUGGAAGCUGGCGGGUUGAAGAACAUAUUCACAUUAUUCAUGAAAAAGAACAACGACAACCAAACUACAGAACACCUAAUCGGCAUUUUCGGGUCUAUGUUACGACAGUUACCAGCUGAUUCGGCGGAGCGAAUCCGGACACUGGCUAAGUUCGUCGAGAAGGACUACGAGAAGACGCAAAAGCUAGUCAAGCUAAGACGGGAGUACGCAACGCGUCUCAGUUCAGUGGAUGAAGCAAUACGCGCGGAGCAAAGUAGAAUGAACGCAGAAGAAAAAGAGGAAAUGGCGGAUGAGUGGUUCUCAAGGCGACUUGAUGCUGGCCUAUUCUGCCUUCAGACCUUGGACGUAGUGCUAGCCUGGCUAAUAGCGGAAGAUGAUGGAGCGAGGAAAACGAUACAGAAGUUACUCGCAGAUCGCGACGAGACGCUAAAGGUCAUUGGGGAUACGAUACAAGAGCAAAUUGAAGGAAUCGACGUCGAUGAUGCAGAGAGCAAGGAUACCAGAGAAAUGCUCACGACGCUAGUAGAGUUCGUACAAUGAUACAGACGGGAU